AACAAUUAAACAUUGAUGAGAUUUAUCAAUAUACACAUUUAUUAACUAAGUUUUAUUGUUUAAUGUUUGUAGGAUACCUAAUUUUUCUUUUUAACUAUAGCAUAAAAACAUUUUAUCCUUUAUCUCAUUCUACUAAACAUUGCGUUUUAAUAUUUAAAGCUCUUGAAAUAUGAAGUAUUUGGCGCAAAAGUUAAUUUUUCAAAAUGUUUAAAACUUAAAUUUAUAGGAUUUAAUUCUCAAGAUUAACCCCUCAAAAAUGCCUUCUUCUUGUCUAUAAUAGUAUUUAAUUUAAUAAUCUGGUUCAGAUUAUUUCUGGAAAUUUCAUAAUAUGACAGAGAAAAAUAUAUGUGGAAAGAAGAAAAUAGCUCGGCGACUGCCAGUAUAAAUACGAAAGUGAAGUGACAAAAGCUCUUGAAAGUUGAAAGCAAGGAUUAAUCCGAUUUCAUCUUCGAGAGAAACAAAGUAAUUUGAAGGAGACGAAAAUGUCGAGAUCGCCGACGGCCUGCUUAAUUUUCGGCACUUUAGCCGUCUUCUUGUUUGCUGUGGCAUUCGCUGACGACGUCGUUGUGUUGACCGAGGACAACUUCGAGAAAGAGGUCGGCCAGGAUCGAGGAGCUCUCGUCGAAUUCUAUGCCCCUUGGUGUGGGCACUGUAAAAAGCUUGCCCCGGAGUAUGAAAAGCUUGGUGCCAGUUUUAAGAAGGCGAAAUCGGUUUUGAUUGGAAAGGUUGACUGUGACGAGCACAAAAGUGUUUGCAGCAAAUAUGGUGUCUCUGGGUAUCCUACCUUACAAUGGUUUCCCAAGGGGUCUCUAGAGCCCAAAAAGUAUGAAGGAGCACGAAGUGCCGAAGCCCUUGCUGAAUUCGUAAACAAUGAAGGAGGGACAAAUGUCAAAAUAGCUACAGUUCCUUCAAGCGUUGUGGUUCUGACUUCAGAAAACUUCAAUGAGAUUGCACUUGAUGAGAAAAAAGACGUCCUUGUUGAGUUUUAUGCACCCUGGUGUGGUCAUUGCAAGACUCUUGCUCCUACUUACGAAAAAGUUGCGACAGCAUUCAAUCAGGAGGAGGAUGUGGUGAUCGCAAAUGUUGAUGCUGAUAAGUACAAGGAUCUUGCAGAGAAGUUCGGAGUAAGUGGUUACCCUACAUUAAAAUUCUUCCCAAAGAGCAACAAGGCUGGUGAAGAUUAUGACGGUGGCAGAGACUUAGAUGACUUUGUUACUUUCAUAAACGAGAAGUGUGGAACUAGUCGAGAUGCAAAAGGCCAACUAACUUCCAAGGCUGGUACCAUUGAGGCCCUUGAUGCCAUAGUCAAGGAGUUUAUAACUGCACCAGCUGAGGAGAAAAAAUCUGUAUUUAAAAAGUUGGAAGAGGAAGCUGACAAACUUGAUGGUUCCGCUGCAAGAUAUGGGAAGAUCUACGUGAAGGCUGCUAAGAGCUGCUUGGACAAAGGCUCUGAUUAUGCCAAGAAUGAGAUUUUGAGGUUGGAGCGCAUGCUUGCCAAGUCAAUUAGCGAAGGGAAGAGAGACGAAUUCACACUGAAGAAGAACAUCCUAAGUAGCUUCGUUUCAGAUGAGUGAGAAAAUAGGCGUUUGUUGGGAUUGCUUUGCUUGAGAUGAAUUAUGGUUGCUCCCAGUUUAGUUUUGCUACACGUAGAUGGAGAAUGGGAGUGAGCUCUUUGUUUUGGUGUCACCACAGAAGAGAAGAGCUGCUUGUUUUCUAAAUGUAAUAGUAAAUUAUAACUUUGGAGUAUUCAGGAUAUAAAUAUUUGAACAUUGAUGAUGUUAGAUCCAUUAUUAUCUCGACUUGAAUUUCAACUGUGGCUUUUAUGGAUCAAUUUUUAAUUUUUAUCAA